GGGAAGCUCAUUUGUGUGCUUGUCGUCCUCACCAGGGUCUUGACCUGAUUGCAGUUUGGCAUCGUAACCAACUUCAGUGGGCAAAUGCUCACCUUCGAUGAACACUGGUACGCAGGAGAACUGUACUCUUCACAGAUGAAUCCAGGUUUCAACUGUACCGAGCAGAUGGCAGACAGCGUCGUGUGGGUGCCCCAUGGUGGCGAUGGGGUUAUGUUAUGGGCAGGCAUAAGCUACAGACAACAAACACAAUUGCAUUUUAUCUAUGGCAAUUUGAACCCGAUGAGAUCCUGAGGCCCAUUGUCGUGCUAUUCAUCCGCCACCAUCACUGUAUGUUUCAGUAUAAUGCAAUGACCCCAUGUCGCAAGGAUCUGUACACAUUUCCUGGAAGCUGAAAAUGUCCCAGUUCUUCACCUGUAAAAGAUCCAGGAAAAUGUGGGGGAGGUCCUCAGGCCGAGAGAGAAGGGAAGAAGAUGGAACUGGGACACACAAGGCUCAACAGCACUUUGAAAUUAGGAAAACAUCCGACUGGGAAGUGUGAUCAAUGCCAUGUGAUGGAGACAGUGGAACACAUUGUAUUUCAGUGCUAGGAAAGGGACAGUUUUUUAUUAGUAUCAAGGAAUAAUGGUAUUGAACAGCCAAGUUUAAUUGGAUUGUUCAGAAAACCUUAAGGUGAUUAUGUAUUCCGAUAGGGGGAAUGGUUUCAUUUUGUAGAGUUCAACUUUAGAUUCUCUGCAUCUCUGGUCCACAGUCCAGUAGGUGGCAGUAAUGCAUCACUAAAGCUGGUUGUCAAACGCGAUUUACAAACCACUGAAGAAGAAGUGUAAACAGAAGUGACCAAGAACAAUUUCCACUUCAGAGUUUUUGUUGUUAUUUAGACGUUUAUUAACACUGUGGACAUCUACAUUUGACUCAUUUAACUGCAUAGCAACAACAUACUUACCACAGGUAGUUUUUAAUUCGCGUUGGGGACAGGACUUGGUUGAUAGAUCUGUUAUUUAGGUGACUAACGUUAGUUAGCUGCUAACGUUAGCUAACAAUGGCUAACUGUAUGGUUUUUCACACUCAAAUAGCCUCCAUUAUGGAGGUGUUAGCGAAUGCAGCCGUGGCAGAGAUCUGUAAACUCGUAGACGACGACUAUGCAGUGUUUCGUUUGGAAAUAACUCAAAGCCAGAAAGAAAACAGGGGAUUGAGGAGGAAACUACAGCUACUGGAACUGAAGAUGGCACGGGAGCGCGCAGAGAGGACAACGCGAGAGCGCGUUCUCGCCAGCCGUCCCAGUAGUGUCAAGAUCCUCGACAGAUACAGAGGAAUGGCAAGAGGUGAAGGACAUCUCACUGGAGGCCACAGGAUCUCUGUGAAGCCAGCGGGACACAAUACAUGGAGCGAUGACCAACCAAUCACUGUUGAUGAGGGGAGUGGAACCUCAACCCAGCACGUUAUUGUGAUAGAGUCUACAGAUGCAGAGGCUGUAGGUCCUGGGGUCAAGCUGGAGAGGUCUGGAGGAGUGGAGAACACACGGCACAGCAGAGACAUCCAGACUGGAGCAGCUGGAGUGCCCCCUGUAGCCACAGAGGACCCCACUACCACCGCUGCGCAGCCCAGAACCCAACGCAGCAUCACGGAGGAGGAGGAGGGUCCAGAGGUGCUGCUGGUGAAGGUGGAGGGGUAUGAGGAGGGUCUGGGGAACCCUGAGAGGACCAUGGUCAUGGAGGACAACCAGACUACACCUCCUCCUGAACCCACAGAGGAACCAGCUGAGCAGCACAGGACCACACACAGUCUCACUGAGUCAGUAGACAUGGAGGAUGGGAAGCCUGAUCUGCUGCUAGUCAAAGAGGAGACGAUAGAGGACGGACCAGAGAGCAUUCUGCUGAGUGGACUAAAGAUGGGGGAGCAAGGUGGUUGGCUGGAGGCUAACAGAGGAGACUGGCCGACCAUCUUGGAUUCCCAGACGGGUGCAGCCAUGGGCCCAGGGGACGACAUCACUGAGCAGGCCAGGACCAGAGGCGACAUAGUGGAGUCUGCAGUCCAUGAGGACCUGCUGAUAUCCGGUGUUGGUGGCGGGAGAGAUUGGACCUCUGAAGCGGCUGGUCACAAAACCUGGCCCCGGAUCAGAACUCUGGAUCAGGAGCCAUCACUCUUCCUUCCCGAGUCAGAACCAGGACCGAACCGCGAGGGACAGAGACGCCACCACCACACAGAACACAACCAGUGGACAGGAGGACCGAACAACCUCAGUCCUGGUGGUCAUCAGAGAGACAGAGCCUCCAGUCAGGGAUCCAGUCUGCAGCCCAGACCCUUCUCUUCACAGUCUCAGUGCAGGGAUGGAGCAGGGCCUGGGGCUGAUAGAGAUAGACCCUCCUGUUCCUAUGAUACAAAUACCACAGUAUCCAUGAUGAACAGAGCAGGUCACCCUGGGCUUCAGCCUUCACAGAGAGUGGUGGGAGACCCCCCUGGUGGGAGUCUAACAGGAAGUCUGUCUUCUCCUUCAGGAUCUUGUUUAAUGCCUGGUGACUGGGUUCAUAGAAAGCAUGGGUCUAGCCUUCCUCGGUUACCUCAGUGUUACCCCACCAAUACAGACGGGGUCAGGAUGGGCGUUCACCACGAGAGGUACCAAGACUAUAACACAGCACACAAUCCCAACAACACCCAAACAAUGACUAGAGGUCAAGGAGGGAGCUCAAAGACUAACCACCUGAGGGUGGUCACUCCUGCUUCUACCUCCUCUGGUGUCAUUGGGUCACAACGUGGGAGGCUGAGCGUUAGGACAGACGCUGACAAGCCAUACGCCUGCCCCACAUGUGGGAGGCGCUUUGCUAAGGUGAAAUAUGUCAAGCAGCACCAGACUGUCCACACCAAUGAGAGGCCCUUCAAGUGCAAACUAUGUUACAAGAGCUUCUCCCGCCUGAGUAACCUUAUCAGACAUAGGAGUGUUCACAACGAGGAGAAAUCGUAGCAGUGUGGCUUGAGACAUACACAGAGAAUAUCUGGGAACCAUUCCUUAGCUGAAAUAUUAAAGUUAACAUGUAAAGUAGGGCCAGGCUGUAUAUCAUAUUUUACUAUAUACCGGUAUUGAUGCAUGGACUGGUUUGGGUUUUUACUUUGUAUAACGGUGUUUCAAUGUUUGGUUUGAUAAACGUGUUAAGCCAC